UAAGUAGGGGUGGGUUAGUUACUUAACAUUGAGACAUUUAAUUUUUGUAGAGCGUACCGAAACAAACAAUAUGUUACUGGUAAAAUGGGGAAAUAUGAUUACCAAGUCAUCUUUUUCUGCGCUCCGGUCUUUUUCCAAACCAGGCAUUACUGCUGUGCAGCAUUGCAUGUUGUCAACAGGUCCAGAAGAUUGUGAAUAUGCUGUUGAGAUGGCAUGCUCUAAUAUAAGGUACGGACCCGGAGUGUCAAGAGAAGUUGGAAAGGAUUUAGCAAAUAUGAAAGCAAAGAAGGUUAUGCUGGUUACUGAUAAAAAUUUGGAACAGUUAGCUCCCGUUCAAGUGGUCAGGGAAUCCUUAAUGAGGGAGAAUAUUAACUUUGAAGUUUAUUCAAACACUCGAGUUGAACCUACUGAUGAAAGUUUUGCAGAUGCCAUUACCUUUGCUAAACGCGGGAACUUUGAUGCAUACCUUGCAGUUGGGGGUGGUUCUGUUAUAGACACAUGCAAAGCUGCUAACUUGUAUGCAUGUAAUCCUGAUGCAGAAUUUUUAGAUUUUGUGAAUGCUCCUAUUGGAAAAGGAAAACCUGUAACAAGCGCUCUAAAACCUCUUAUUGCUGUUACAACAACAGCUGGUACUGGUAGUGAGACAACUGGUGUGACAAUAUUCGAUUACUUGCCCUUGAAAGCUAAGACAGGGAUCGCAAACCGUGCUCUGAAACCGACACUUGGUGUUGUUGAUCCAUUAACUCUCUUGCAUUUACCGAACCGUGUAACCUGUUAUACUGGAUUUGAUGUUCUUUGUCAUGCACUGGAAUCAUUUACUGCCAUUGCUUUUAACAAGCGAUUUCCAAGGCCUCUUGAUCCUCAGUUACGUCCAGCUUAUCAAGGCAGCAAUCCAAUAAGUGAUAUAUGGUCAAAGCAUGCGUUGUCAAUUUGCAAAGACUAUUUUGUACGAGCUGUCAACAAUAGUGAAGAUUUGGAAGCCCGAUCUGAAAUGCAUUUGGCAAGUGCCUUUGCUGGGAUUGGCUUUGGUAAUGCAGGAGUUCAUUUGUGCCAUGGUAUGUCUUACCCAAUCUCUGGUUUGGUUAAAGAAUACAAGUCACCAGAUUAUACACCAGACCACCCUCUAAUUCCACAUGGGCUCUCUGUCGUUAUAACGGCACCUGCAGUGUUUAGAUUUAUAGCACCUGCUUGUCCUGAGCGUCACAUUGAAGCUGCAGGGAUUCUUGGAGCAGAUAUCACGAAUGUUAAAAAAUCGGAUGCUGGUGCCGUGUUAUCAGAUGUUCUAUUAAAAUACAUGAGUGAAUUGCAGAUUCCAAACGGUAUUUCUGAGCUUGGAUACACCAGCGAUGAUAUUCCCGCACUUGUUGCCGGCACACUUCCCCAAGAAAGAGUCACAAAGUUAUCUCCAAGAAAAGUGGACAAAGAUAGUAUUACGCAUAUGUUGGAAGAGUCGCUAACAAUUUAUUAAUCAUUUUUAAACUUGUUAUCCUAACCUAAUCAGUGCCAAUAGGAUCUAGUGUUGGACAUCAUGUCAUAUGCAAUCUGCUUUUAAAUAUUUUAAUUACCCGUUUUUGUUUUAGUGUAACAACACCAUAAUCAUUUUAUUGCGCUUUUGCAAUUAUAGCUUCACUCUAUGCACACAAUUACAAUAAUAUAUUAACAUGGAA